ACUGUUCGUACUGCCCCCCAAAAGGAGUUCCUUUUUCCUUUUCGAUCGCGUUUUUGGAGAGAUUUUAGGGUUCUCCGGAGCCCUAAUCUCGCUGUGAUUCUUUCCACUGCUGGUGGGAGAUCAGUGUCGCCUUUCUCGGCGAACUUUCUGGGGCUUUGUUUUGGCAAGAUUUCUCUCUGUGUCGUUGCUGCUGGAGUUGGAUUUAAGCUCGUUGGUUCCUCGACCAUCAUGCAUUGCGAAAAGGUCGAAUAUUUCAGCUAGUUAGAGGGUCUUUGAGCUCCGGUGCUGCGAAAGAAAGACAAUUUAGGAUUAUAUGGUGGUCUCCAAUAUUUCUUGGUGUUCUUGGGGCAAGGAAAGCGGAGGCAUUGUUGAAGUUUGAAGCAAUCUUGGCUACAUCAUGGUCUCAGUUCGGCAUGAUUCAGGUGCUUUGGACAAAAAAAAUUGGAUUUUGAGCUUAGAUGCUGCUGUUUAUUUAUGAGUUCAAGCCUAUUUUUUUCCGAGAGUUGGAAGCUUUCUUGAUGGGAAGUCAUAUGCGUUCGUUGAUUAACUGUCAUUUGAUGUUGUUCUGAGCACUCGUUACAAUUAUUCCUCUGCGCAUGUAUUCCCAAAAUUGAUAGAGGAUUUGCAUCAUCCAGAUCCCUUUCAUAGUGGUAAGGAAGAUAUUAUCAUUUGAAUAUGCUGUCUGAGAAGCUUUUAGGAUCCACAGAGUUGAUUCGCCACUUGAUCAUUCUCCUUGCACUCCUUGGGGUGUUGUUUGCGUGCCAGUAUAAGGCCCAGCCACCGAUUUCUUUUGCAAGCACUGCAAGAUCAUUAGACGCUCUCCUUCAGGAUUAUGCUUACCGUGCUAUUGUUCAUCCCCGCACCGGGAUUUCCUAUAAUGGUACUGUCCCUUCCAACCUCACUGGCAUCAAGAUUGCAGCAAUAAGGCUCAGAAGUGGGAGUCUGAGAAAGAGGGGAGUUCAUAGCUUUAAGGAAUUCAGCAUUCCAGUUGGUGUAGUUGUGCAACCUUAUGUCCGAAGACUGGUCUUGGUUUAUCAGAGUCUUGGCAACUGGUCUUCUGUCUACUACCCUCUUCCUGGCUAUAGUUACCUGACUCCAGUUCUUGGUCUCCUUGCUUAUGAUGCGGCAAAUUUGUCUGCCACAAACUUGCCUGAGUUAAAUAUUGUGGUUUUGGAAUCACCCAUAUCCAUCAACUUCACAAAUGUCACUCCUGUGCCGAGUGGUACAAUUGCCAGAUGUGUGUGGUUUGGUUUAGAUGGCUCGCCAUAUUUCAGAGACUUGGUAUCAAGCAAUGUUUGUUCAACAUACCGACAGGGCCAUUUCUCCAUCGUUGUCAACUCCAGUGAGAUUGCUCCUUCCCCAGCACCAAGUUUAACACCAAGGCCACGGCCAAGCCCUGGUGGCUUUAAGAGUAGUAACAAGUCGAAGGUGUGGAAGAUUGUUGUUGGUGCGGUUGGUGGAUUUGUUGCUUUGGUUUUCUUGGCUCUACUUGUUUACUUCAUGCAACGUUAUAAGCAGAAUAAGAAGGUGGAACAGAUGGAGCAGCAUGCAAAUGCAGGAGUAUCACUACAAACAGCAAGUGUUGGAGAUGCGCGAGUGCCGGUGGCUUCAGUGACAAGGACACAGCCGGUCCUGGAGAAUGAACUUGUUGCUUGAGUGUUACUGUUGGAUCAGCAAAGGAGUCCAUUGAAGGAUGAUUAGCCAGGAAUGAGCUGAGGACCGUCUUUCAGGUGUUUCAUAUAUGUGGAACAGAUGACAGCCAUUGCUAUGUUCCUUGUGCCUUUGUUGGUUGCAAUGAGAUUUCCAUGGUACCAGUUUCGUUGUGCGCUCAGACCCUCGAUGCUAAUUUGAGGUAGAAAUUCUUUGCAGGGAGGUUGUUCACUGUUUUACCAUAUUCUUAUUAUUUGAAAUGCCUGUUGUCAUGUAAAAAGGCCACGAAGGAGAUGGCAUUUCUUGCUAGACGGAACUGUUUCAAUUAUUUAUUUGUUGUCUGCUGUGCUUAAGAGGAUCGCGCUAAUAAAGCUGAGAUAUCGUUCAUUUCA